AGCAUGCAUAUUUCUCGUUGUUACUUUUGCUCAGGACCUUGUUAUCCUGGUCAUGGUACCAUGUUUGUGAGAAAUGAUAGUAAGACCUUCCGGUUCUGUCGAUCCAAAUGCAACAAAAACUUCAAAAUGAAGCGUAAUCCAAGAAAGGUGCGUUGGACUAAGGCUUUCCGUAAAGCAAGUGGCAAGGAAAUGGUUAUUGAUUCCACCUUUGAAUUCGAAAAACGUCGUAAUGUACCAGUUCGUUACGAUCGUAACCUUAUGGCCACCACUCUCAAAGCUAUGAAACGUGUACAAGAAAUUCGAUCUAAACGUGAACGUGCAUUCUUCAAGAACCGUAUGGCUGGAAAGAAGGAGAUCGAAAAGGCAGACGACAUUCGCCAAUUGGAACAAAACAUCGAACUCGCCCCUCUCGAAGCAAAGAAACGAUAUCAAGCUGCCAAGGUCGAACAAGAAACGGUGCAAAAUAUGGAUAUGGAAGAAUAGGAAACCACAUUAUCUCAUUUUUUUUCUCUUUUUUUUCGAACAUCCUCAUUCUUAUUCACAUUACAAUAAUAUUUUACAUCAUUCUUUUCUCCUUCCACCGUUAUUAUUCAUUCUGUCUGUUUUUUUAUUAUUAUUAUAUGUAUUACUGUUUUCUUUACCCUUCAAUUUUUUUUUAUAUUAUAGCAUUCAUUAUAUACUUAGUUUUCCUCUUUUUUGUGCAUAAAUCAAUAAAUUAGUAUAUUUUUACUUUAUCAAA